ACACACACACACACACACGGAACAGGAGUGUCAGGUGUCUCACUGCAUGCUCUGGCUCUCCUUUCUGUCUUUCUUCUGUGGAAGCAGGUGACGCAGGGAAGGUGUGGACAGUUUCAAAAGUCUCAAAUAAAACGAUUCUGAGGAAAUGAACAAAAUCUGAAACAAAAAAGCCAUAGAAGAAGAUUAAACUUGAGGGGGCGUGGCCAUGGAGUCUUCACCCUUCAGUCGGAAGCAGUGGUCGUCACAGUCGUUACGCAUCACAGCCCGAGAGCUGUCGCUAGUCAGCACCCGCGGGAAACACAACGCCAUCGCUGAGCGCUUUUCCAAAUAUCAGAAAGCUGCAGAGGAAGCAAAUGCAGACAAGAAAAAACCGACGGUGGAGAGCAUGCCCUCUUCGCUGCGCUCAGGGAACUUGAGUUCGUUGAAAAAGCGCUGGGAGGAGAAGCGACAAAAUGCACCGUCUGUGAAUGCACCGAUCCCUCCCGCAGAACCUCGAGCUCCAACUCGCUCCAUCGGCUUCCGAUCUGCAAAGGUUCAGGAAGAAAGGAAAGGUGGGGUGGAGGAAGUGAUGGAGGUAAAGCAGGAGAUAAAGAAGGAAGUAAAGCCGGAGAUGAAGCAUGAGAUUAAGAAGGAGGUGGUAAUAGAGCCAAAUAAGUUGGAGAAGAAGGUGGAGAAGAAGGAGGAAGAGACGGUGGAGAAGAAGUUGGAGCAGAAGGUGGAAAAGAGGAUGGAAGAAAAGGUGGAGGAGAAGGUGGAAAAGAAAGUGGAGGAGAAAGAUGAAAAGAAGGUGAAGGAAAGGGUGGAAGAAAAGGUGGAAAAGAAGGUGAAGGAGAAGGUGGAGCAGAAUAUGGAGGAAGAGCAGAAGAAGGAUGUGGAGAUGUCCAACUCGGAGAAACCAAGCCUUGCUCUCAAUAGCCUGAAGAUGAUGUUCGAGAAAGGAGACAGCAAGGCCCGACGCACGAACAGCACUUCAGAAGACCUGGACACUCGUCCAGCAGACAGAGGUUUGGUUUCUCUGGAACGAUCCAAAUCUCUGAGGGACAGAAUGGCGAAGUAUCAAGCCGCUGUGUAUAAACAAGAAGUUCGCAAUCCUCAGAGCUCCUCGAACUCUGCUGAACAUGAGGUCAAAAGUUCAGCAGUGAAUCUGAAGGAAAAUGCGCUCCCUAGUGGUGAAGAACAGGCUGAGCGAGAGAGUGGGACGUCGGCAAUGUCGGCCAGCACGAGCCCCAUCGGUGUGGCAGGUGAAACAGGAAGUUUGAGCAAUGCAGCAUCUGAGACGGAAAACAAAGACACGCCCAGAUUCGUGCGUGGCCAAAAGUUUCGCGCGACUCUGAGAGAGACUUGCGUCGCCUGCAAAAAGACGGUUUACCCGCUGGAGAAACUGGUGGCCAAUCAGCAGACCUUCCACAACUCCUGUUUCCGCUGCGCUCACUGCAGCACCAAACUUAGCUUGGUCAACUUCGCCAGCCUGCACGGUACCAUCUACUGCAAACCACACUUCAACCAGCUCUUCAAGUCCAAAGGAAACUACGACGAGGGCUUCGGACACAGGCCUCAUAAAGAGCUGUGGAUGGCCAAGGACAAUGACGAGGACAACGAAGAGCCUGAAAAGCCAAAGCCUGCUUCUCCUGACCCCAUCCCAGUUAAACCCCCCACUUUUGAAAAAGUCUUGGAUCAGAAUUCCAUGGUUGAGGAAACUCCAAUAGCCAAAGUCACCAAUCUUACAACAUCUCUGGAGACCAAAACUCAACCCCUGGUUAAAGAAAUGGAGAAACCUGCAGUUUCUGUGGAGACAAAAAGAUUGAAGAUUGCAUGGCCACCAAGUGCUGAAGCUUCCGGUUCUGCUUUAGAAAGAGGAAAAACUUUGGUUAAAGUCUUCAAGCUAAAAUGGCCACCAGGGGAAGACGUUCAAUCUAACCUGGAGAGCACAGAGAGAGUGGAGGUGAGGAACCUGAGACGCAGUGCAUCUCUCAAAGAGCGAAGUCGACCUUUUUCUGUGGCAACGAGCUUGGAAUCAACCAAUCAGGAGCAGUCAUGCCCAGUCAAGACCACUUUGGUGAGGCGUAGCUCACUGGAGCUUCGUUCGACAUCCAAAAUUGUCCAGAAGGAGAAAGAUGAGGAGAGUCCAGACACCAGAAAGCCCACAGAGCCAGAACAUGAUGAUGCUUCAAACAGCAGUGAGGUGGAGGUUCCUACAAUACAAGACGAGAAACCCAAAAUCCCACCAUCAAUCCUGAAACGUCCACUAUUAAAAACAGAGGAUUCCGAAGAGCACAUGGAGGCUGAGGAGAAACCAAACAAGCCUCUGGAAUGUCUGAAAACAUCUGCUCCACAAGCUGCAGAGAAGAACAGGUCAUCUCAAGACGUGGGUUUCUGGGAUGGAGAAGAAGCAGAAGAAGAAUCCCUGAGCGUGGAGGAGAUGAUCAAGAGGAACCGAUUCUAUGAAGAUGAAGAUGACGAUGAAGAAGUUGCUGAAGUUUGAAACCUUUUGUGCCUCAGGUUCUGAUCGGACUCUGACAGCAUUCUUAGAAAAACUUAACAUAAUUUGAAAGAAAGAAAAAAAGCCAUAAAUGGUUAAAGUGAUGAGGUUCUUCUUCUUAUUAUUGUUAUUGUUAUUAUUAUUAUUAUUAUUAUUAUUAUUAUUAUUAUUUUAAAUGUUUUUAUUUUUUAUCCUUCAUCAUCUCUAUUUCUGACUGGAUAUUUGUUUUAAAAGCACAUUAUGUGAUUGCUGGUGCUCUAAAAGUCGCCAUUUUCAUGCUGUUUUUAUUCUUUAGGGUUUUUAAAUUCACUUGAAAUCCACAAUUUUCUCUCAGCAGCUUAAAUGGAACCAAAUGAGUUUUUUCUUAUUUACUUUUAAGAUUUUCAAGGGUUUUUUUGUUUUGAUUUAUAUUUUGCGCGAUAGCUGUUCCUCUUGUCUGGAGAUGCCUGAAGCUCCGCCAGCAAGAACAACAUGGCCCUGUUUUUGUACGAAAAAAAGUUUAGCAAAUACGAGUCACUGAUUUCGACCAAAUCACUGCAUCUUCACAGUUCACACGGAGCAGUCUGACAUUCAAAUGACCUCAGUCAGAAAAUUGAGUUAUUUAUGAGCUACAGGGCUACAAUAUGAGCUACAAAAAACAUCUAUUUUACAAUAUUAUGCAAACAUUUAAAUACACACACAAAUAUAUAUAAAUAAAAUACAAGGGCUAAUUUCUUACAUUUUGCAGUAAUUAAUAAAGUCGGCCAAAUUCUGAAUAUUUUUUAUGUAAAAUUUUAGCAAUUUCCUAAACUGGAACAAAAAAGUGACAAAAUAUCUUCAAUUAAAAUGAUGACAUUUACAGUUUAUAUGCACACUUUAUCUUUUCUACAUCAGUGAUUCUGUACAAACAAUUCUUUCUUAUUUAUACUUGAUUUAUUUUAUGAUUUUAGGACAUAAUAAUUCUUUCUUUCUCUCUCUCUCUCUCUCUCUCUCUCUCUCUCUCUCUCUCUCUCUCUCUCUCACACACACACACACAUUUAGUGUACGUCAGGUCAUCCUGCUCCUUGUGUCUUACACAUUCCUGAAAGUGAUAUUUUAUUUUUCCUGUUUUUUUUUUUUAUGACGAGACGAAACGAACCAAAUCAUCUGCCUUACACUGUAAAAAACUCUGGUGAAGUGGAAAGUCUUUAAUAAAUGUAAUAAAUGAUUUAAGAGAC